AACUCGACCGCCGUUCAGAGUGGAUCGUUCAGCGCGACACUUCCCACGAAUCGCCGAGUGCUGGCCGGGUAUAAGCGUGGGUACCCUCCGGGCAGUGGAAGUGUUUUGGCGCGCGGCGGAGCAUUCCUCUUCCCCGUUUAUCCGAAGUGCUCGGCGUCGCGUCGCGUCCCGCUCUUACCCUCGCGAUCUUACGGAUAUCGACGGAUAUUUUGUCUAAUUGGGAAAACUGAGAUAUUCUGAGAAAGCGCGCGCGAGAGGAACAACAGGAAGUAGAAACGAGAAGGAAGAAGUGAAGGGGAGGGAUGCGCGUGGCGUUCCGACGCUCGUAGAAAUUUCUCUUUCGCGAAGGAAGGCAAGCGCGUAAACAUGACCGCGUGAGGGUAGAGUCCUCCUCCGAGGAUAAAAUUCUCUCUGGAGACGGAGACGCGCAGAGGGGACCGCAAUGGAUCGCGCCGUUACCGCGUGCAGCAGGCGGUAGUGCUUGUAAAGCCGGGGGGUGCAGCUCGGAGCAUCUACGCGGGAGACCGGAGAGAGGAUCCUAUACUUAUCGCCGAACCCGCGCUUUCUCCCACGGCUCUCCCCCGUCUCUCCCCGUCGUUCCCCCCGUCUCGUAGACCACCCGCGAAAAAUCGUGCGCCGCUUAUGAUGGAUGUAUUUUCGAAUGGAUUGCUCGUGCCGAAUGGAUUGCCGAUCAACAACGUGGAGAUAGCGACUUACCACGCGUCCUUUUGCUCACCACCGAUCACAGAAGCAUCUCGAUCUGGAUACGAUUCUAGCAGCGGCGGGGACUCCGAUAAUGAAUACAAAACGCCAAUCAGCCAGGCCAAUCAAGUACAAAGUUCAGCACAAAAUCAAAUUCCUAGUGCUGGCACAAAUUAUGGGCAGGGAAAACAUAUAAAUAAAGGACGAUGGACCAAAGAAGAAGACGCUUUAUUGAAACAGCUAGUAAGCAGCGCGGAACAGCAGGGCACUGGUUUGCGAUGGGACAUUAUAGCCGGCCACUUUCCAGAUCGGAGCGACGUGCAGUGCCAGCAGAGAUGGGCGAAGGUCGUGAACCCGGAGCUGGUCAAGGGUCCGUGGACGAAGGAGGAAGAUGAGAAGGUGGUGGAACUUGUAGGGAAGUAUGGGCCGAAAAAGUGGACGUUGAUAGCGCGACAUCUUAGAGGUCGGAUUGGCAAACAGUGCCGAGAACGAUGGCACAAUCACUUGAAUCCGGAGAUAAAGAAAACUGCGUGGACGGAGGCUGAGGAUAGAAUAAUCGUCGAGGCCCAUCGUAGGGUCGGCAAUCAGUGGGCAAAAAUCGCCAAGCUCUUGCCAGGCAGAACUGACAAUGCGAUUAAGAAUCAUUGGAAUAGCACGAUGAGAAGGAAAUAUGAAGGUGAUGAAGGAAGAGCUGCGACCAAAGGCAGAGGCAAAAGAAAAAAUACACAGGGUACUGCCGUGAGGGAUUCGCUUCUUCUGGAAGAUGAUCAGAAUCAGAAGACUGCCUCGACUAGCAGCUCGACAGUAACGGCGGGUAGCUCUUCGCAGACUCUCGACAUCGACCUGGAUUGGGUCAGAGGUUGGGAACAUGCCGCUACAGCGGAGUACCAGAACGCGCUACAGCUGAACAGGCAUACGCACGGCAAUGAAAAAUGCGCGUCUCCGCCGAAAAGGGGAUCCUCGCGGAUGAAAACCGAGACACUCUCGUUAUUACCUAAAUAUUUCAACCUGCAACAAAUACAAAACGAGACGUCCGGCUCGAAGAGCUCGGAGAUAAAGUUGAUGCCGAUGCCCGACUUGGAGGAUAUACCCAAUCAGCACGUGGAGAAGAAGAGCAGCCCGCCGCCUAUAUUACGUAGGCGCAGAAACGCGCACAGUCUGCUGCAGAGGAUAGACCUCUCCGACAGCGGGAAUCAGUCGGAUUACAUCGUGACGGGCCAGCAGGUGGAGGGAAACAUCACCCCGUCGACUCCCAUCAAGCAACUUCCAUUCAGUCCCUCGCAAUUCCUCAACAGUCUGAGCCCGUCAGAGUCGUCGUGGCCGCGCGCGAGUACGCCGAAGGGAAGCAGCCCCGGUCCGCUCACGACUCCGCAGCCUACCGGUUUCCGACGAAGUCAGAACGGAUCGCUUUCUUCUAUUCUCACUUUUACAGACGGUACACCGAGAACACCAACGCCAUUCAAAAACGCUCUGGCUGAGCUGGAGCGACGAACCGGAGCGGCGCAGUUGCCCGCUACUCCUAGUCGUCUGGAUGCACUGACAGAGAUAAUAAAGCAGGAGACCGAGAACGAGGCUGGAACGAGUGCGAUUCAGGAGGACUCGGGCUACAAUAGUAUGUUGCGAAAGCGCGGUAAAGAGAACAGUGCGCCAGGAGGAAAGCGCGCGCGAAAGGCUCUCGCUCACGCUUGGGCAUCUCAGGACAGCUCCGACAUUAGUUUCCUCGUGGAAACACCAAGUAAAAGUUUGGAAACUUCCACUGCACUGUUUUCACCUGCAUCUAUGGCAUUGGAAGAUAGUUUUUUGGCGGCAGGAACCAGUCCCACAAAGACUCCUCACGACUUUACGUCCGUACAACAACGGAAGCCGAAUGCCAAGAGAGCGAUCACGUUCGACGCAUUCGACAGUCCUUAUACAUUCUUCAGCCCUCUGCCUCCCAGGCCGGUUAAACGCAUCAAGACACAAUUGGAAGCGCAAUGGAUAGCGGUAGCGUGCGGUCGUACUCGCGAUCAGAUCGAGAUGACACGCGCCGCCCGACGCUUCCUGAGCAAUCAUGGAUACCUGCCGUUGCGCCCACGUUCUUUGAACUUCUGAGGGAGAAGAAAAGAUGGAAAAGGAAUGUGAAAAGCGGAAUACCGGCGCUCGGUCGCACUUUGUGGUACAAAAGAAGACAACUUCGUUAAACUAGUCGUAGAUGAAGGUAUAUAGGGCCGUUCCGUUUCAGGAACGCGCGAUCACUAUCGGUUAUUUCACGCGCUAUGAAUUCGGGAUGUAAAUUAUAAGCGACGAAUUCGAUCGGUUGUCCUCGAUGUGCGUGGAUUUAACUCUACACUGCGCUGGGUGGCAAAGAGGGUCGGAGAGAAGGAAAUAAAUGAUAUUUUUUCGGGGAGAUUUCGAUUAUGACUGAAUCUAGGCGUGGAUCUAAUGUGGAUCUAAUGUGGAAAUGGGUACUUUUCUCCAUUUUUUAAAUAUUCCUUUUUUUAAAAAGAUUUGCAUUUUCAAUCGUGCAUUCAUUUCGAUAAAAAAAAAGUACAGAUUAUUUAUUCAAAUGAUUUAUGAUUUCUUUUAAGACGUUAGAAAAGAUAAAUUUAUUCGGCUUCUUCUUACGGGAAAUCUGAAUUAUGUACAUA